AUGGACGUUGUAGGCAGCGGAUUUGUUCUUCUCAUGAUACUGCCUAUUGCACCAGUUGCAGUAGCAGCAGCAAAGGAGUCUGCUGUGAAUUUAUUGGAAGCUGAAGCACUGCGCAAGAGUGGCUGGUGGGGAGACACUACUACUGCAACAAACGUCUCUGCCCAUUGCCAUUGGUUUGGUAUCAUUUGCAACGAUGCUGGUAGCGUUACCGAAAUACUACUUCCGGGCUACGGAAUUUACGAUUUGAGCCACAAUUCUUUUGGGGGUUCCAUCCCUCCAACUCUUGGCCACUUGUCCAAAUUAGUCUCCCUCAAUCUCAAUCAAAAUGGCUUUUACGGAGCCAUCCCACAUCAAAUAGCUGCACUCUCCAAACUCGCCUAUCUCAAUUUGUCUUCCAAUGGACUUGAAGGUGAGCUCCUGUCUUCAACUCUUGGACAAUUGUCCAACCUUGACUCCCUUGACCUCAGCAAUAACGACUUCAAUGGGACGAUUCCUUCAGCUCUUUUUAAUUUGACAAAUCUUUCCCUACUAUACAUUCACUCGAAUCCCGCAAUGGAAGGAUUUCUCCCAAAAGAAAUAGGAAAUUUGAAGAAUUUAGCUAACUUAGACUUUAGCGGCCUUAAUCUUUCAGGUGCCCUUCCUUCAGUCCUUUGCGGCCUAACCAAACUAGUCUCUCUUUCAGGUGCUAAGAAUCAAAUGCAUGGUUCCAUUCCCUCUGAAAUAGGAAAUUUGAGAUAUUUGGAAUAUCUCGAUCUUGGUCCAACCGGCUGA